AAUGAUGCCAUUAACAACUUCUCGACCCAGGCAACUACUUUAACGCUGCUUCGUACAAUCGAAGCAUCGGUGCAAUCUGAACUUAAACGGCUUGGGGAAGUCGCGGCCGAGCACACUUACGUGAAAAGCAAGUCAGAAUCCCUUCCAAGCACACGGGACAACAUACGGGAAUCGAUUCUUGGUCAUCUGAAAGAUGCCAGGAACCGAUUUGUCUGGCUACGUGGAUCCCCCGGUACCGGGAAGACGGCGAUAAUUAUGAGCAUUGCAUCUAUGCUUGAGGGGGAAAGCGCUCUCGCAGCCUCAUUCUUCUGGGACAAAAACCAAAAGGGAACAGGCCUCGAUUCUUUGGAGUUGUUCCCUUGUACCCUUGCACGCCAACUUGCGCUCUUCAGUCCGGACUUCAAGGUGUCACUCGUCAAAUGCCUUCGGCGGCCAGACAUGAGAUUGUUUCUGAAGCUUUCUCUGGAGAAGCAGAUGCGGACCCUGAUCAUUGAACCGAUGAAUGGUCUUAAGGGAGCGUUGUUUGAAGGUAACCAACGCUUUUCUAUCAUCUUGGAUGGCUUGGAUGAGUGCGGGGGUCCCGAGGAACUUGACUCCCUGAUGGAGCUCGUGCUUCUACUUCGCGAGCUGCCCUCGCCCUUUGCUGUACUUGUUAGCUGCCGGCCGGAGUUUACAGUUCUUUCGUCUUGGACCAGAGUGCGGGAUCAGGGUCUUAUGAUCCCCUGUGAAGAUGUGGAUCAGAUUGAACGGGACACUUUCCACACCAUCCGUUGCAUGGUGGACGGAGGAUUUCACAAUUUUAUCGAAAACUCCCUAUGGAAACCAUCUGACGAAGAUCUUGAUGUCUUUGCGAGAGGUUGCCGUGGAUUGCCUAUUAUGGCUUCAACCCGAAUACGUGAUGCGAAGGUUCAGAUUCGGUACUGCGGUUCGACUCUUAAAUCGGAGUUCGAAUAUUUCCGAAAUCUUAUCGAAGUACCUACGGAUCUGAAGUCGGAGUACUUGCGAAUCAUGCGACGAGCCUACAUGCCGAAUUCCUCCAGUGUCCGUCCACAUGUGGCCAAGACCUAUCGCGAAGUAGUUGGGAUACUUGUUACCGCCAGUUGGAGUGAUCUUGGCACUAACGACAUAUCGCAACUCCUAGAAAUUGCCGAAGAUGAAGUGCACUCAAUACUAAAACCCAUUAGCUCGAUAGUUGAUCCUAUCGGUGAGAAACAAGAUGAAGUAUUCUUUAUUCAUGAUGUCAAGGGGUAUAGCAUUGGAUUACGACUUCUUCGAUUUGUCAAUGAUGUCAUGAAGAAGAAUGAGUUUGGCAUC